AUGGAUGAGCAAGUAAAGGAGCAUUUCAAAGUGAUGGAUAAGCGUUUUGAGGAUCAAGCCAAACGCUACGACAACAAAUUCGACGAGCUAAUCCGGAUGAUUCGUGAAUUGAAAGACAUGAACCCUAACUGUUUGAUGCAAGGUCACAGAGGAGAAAACAGUGGAAAUGGAGGUAAUACCUUGCCAAAACCUUUAGGUUUUACUCCUAAACUUGAAUUUCCUAAGUUCGAUGGUCUAGGCACUAGAAAUUGGGUAAAGAAAUGUGUCAAGUACUUUACUCUGUGCAAGAUUCCUGAUAAUCAGAAGGUUGAUUUAGCUUCUUUAUACAUGACUGAUAAGGCUGAGGUUUGGGUAUCCAAUUAUAUGUCUAUGAGGAAGAAUGUUGAUUGGAGUGAAUUUGUUCUAGACUUAAGUGCUAGAUUCAAGGAUGAGACAACUCACAAUAUAGUGGAACAGUUCAAUAGGCUACAACAGAUGGGAUCAAUUGAGACUUAUAUUGAUGAAUUUGAUAAUCUACGCUCUUUAAUGGAACAGCAUAACCAUAUCUUGCCUGAUGAUUAUUUCUUAGAGAGUUUUAUUGGAGGAUUGAAGUCUGCGGUGAAACCAUUUGUGAGAGCUUUUAAGCCUACUAAUGUCAGUGAGGCUAUUAGGUAUGCUAGGUUGCAAGAAGAGUCUAUCAUGGCUAGUACUCAGAAAUAUACCAAGUUUGCUGUGAUUAGUACUAAUCCAGGGACUUAUCCUGCAAAACCUAAUGCUUUGCCUCUGGCUACUGCAAAGCCUCCCCUGUUACCUACUCCUCAGAUUAAAACUCCACAAACUAAACAAUUGGUGAAACCACAGCAGUUUAUUCCGGCAGAAGUCAGAGCAGAAAAAUUGGCAAAAGGCCUCUGCUAUUAUUGUGAUCAGAAAUAUGAGAGGGGUCACAAGUGUAAGUUUAGGGAGCCUCAGUUGUUUACAGUUGAGAUACCUGGGGGAGAUGUUGAGGAGAAUUGGGAGAGUGAUGGGGACUGUACAGAGGAAGUGGAGGAUUGUGUGAUCAAAGACAGUGAUCCUUGUAUUUCUGUUAGUGCUUUGACAGGGAGUCAGACUUUUUCCACCAUGAGAGUUAGAGGUUUAGUGCAGAAUAAACCAUUGCAUAUAUUGAUAGACUCUGGCAGCACUCAUAAUUUUCUUGAUAUUACUAUGGCUAGCAAACUGAAGUGUGAAGUAUCUGCUAUAACCAAACAGGAAAUAACAGUGGCUGAUGGAAACUCUAUAUCCUGUCAAAAUGUGGUGAAAAAUUUCUCUUGGAGGAUGGGAGGGUAUGACUUCACUUCUGAAGUUAUGUUGAUUGACUUAGGCAGUUGUGAUAUGGUGUUGGGAGUGCAGUGGCUUAGCACUUUAGGUACUGUUAAAUGGAAUUUUAACAAGUUACUAAUGGAGUUUCAAGUGGACAAGCAGUUUAUUAGGUUGAAAGGUGUGGCACCCCAGAAGUUGAAGGUUGUAUCAGCUGAGUCAUCUAAGAAACUAUUCAAGAAUGCUGCUCAACUAUGCUUUAUACAAAUUCAGCAGUUGAAUAAGGGAGAACCUGAGGAAUCUGCAAGUUCCUUGGAAAAUCAGAACCAAGAUUUGAGUGAUCAUCAAUCAGAACUAGAGAUGUUGAAGAGUCAGUAUGGUGAUAUCUUUAUGGAACCUAAAGAGUUACCUCCUUCCAGAGGAGUAUUUGAUCACAGAAUUCCCUUGAUGGAAGGUUCCAACCCUAUCAAUAUCAGACCAUACAGGUACCCAUUGAAGCAAAGGGAUGUGAUUGAACAAAUGAUAGAUGAAAUGUUACAGAAGGGGAUUAUCCAGAAUAGUGCAAGCCCUUUUGCAUCACCAGUGGUAUUGGUUGGAAAGAAGGAUGGUUCAUGGAGGUUAUGUGUGGAUUAUAGGGAGCUUAACAAGAAAACAAUAAAGGAUAAGUUCCCUAUACCAGUAGUGGAUGAGCUCAUAGAUGAACUUUCAGGAUCAACAGUGUUCAGUAAAUUAGAUUUAAGGGCUGGUUAUCACCAGUUGAGAAUGUGUGACAAGGAUGUAUUCAAAACAGCUUUUAAGACACAUUCAGGCCACUAUGAGUUCUUGGUGAUGCCUUUUGGCCUCACCAAUGCACCAGCUUCCUUUCAAGGGUGGAUGAAUGCAAUCUUUAAGCCACUCUUGAGAAGGUGUGUCUUGGUUUUUUUUGAUGACAUUCUGAUUUACAGCAAGACAGCAGCUGAUCAUUGGGUCCAUCUUAAGCAAGUUUUUGAGUUAAUGAGGGCAAAUCUGUUAUUUGCAAAAGAAAGUAAGUGCAGCUUUAUGAUGGAGAAGGUGGAGUACUUGGGACACUUUAUUUCUGCCAAAGGAGUUGAAACUGAUGCUAAAAAGAUUAAGGUUGUUGCCAACUGGCCAGUUCCUACAAAUGUGAAAGAACUCAGAAGUUUCUUAGGCCUUGCAGGGUAUUACAGAAAGUUCAUUAAGAACUAUGCCUGGAUUUCUAGAGAGUUGACUGAUCAACUCAGGAAGGGUGCUUUUAAUUGGAAUGAUAACUCACAAUCAGCAUUUGAUAACUUGAAGACAGCUCUAGUUUCAGCACCUGUACUUGCUUUACCAGACUUCAACAAAUUAUUUGUUGUGUAA